AUGGCGCAUUUCUCUCUCCAGACUCCCGUUGGCCACUACGAGCACGACGGUCGCAAUGCGCAAUCUCUAGGCUCACAGCGCAGCUACCUCGUCGAACCUUCCUCAGUCGACUCAGAGUCCGCAAACGCCAGCUCAGCGUCCUCCUGCGUUCUCCCCUUCCCUACCGGCCGCCUCGAGGAUUAUUUCGUUCUCGAUUCUCACGUGUUAGGUUCCGGCCAGUUCGGCACCGUUCGACGAUGCACGGAGCGCGUCACGGGCUCGCGCUUCGCCUGCAAGACACUAUUAAAGGACGGGCUUAAGAGCGAAGCGGAGCGUGACGAGAUUCGGAAGGAGAUUAGUUUGAUGCAGCGGGUUGCGGUGGGCGGCGCGCACGCGGGGGUAGUGCAGCUGCGCGCGGUUUUCGAAGACGAUGUCGCAGUGCACCUCGUGAUGGAGCUCUGCGAAGGCGGCGAACUGUUCGACGAAGUUGUGCGACGUGGGCGAUUCCACGAGCGCGACGCCGCGAGCGUUUUCGCGCAGAUCGCAGCAGCCGUCGCACACUGCCACGCCCGCGGGGUCCUCCACCGCGACCUGAAACCCGAAAACAUCCUGCUCGUGCGGGACCCAUCUGUACCGCUCUGCGCCGCACCCCUGAUCACAAAAGUCGCAGACUUUGGCCUCGGCGUCGCGCUUGAGGCAGGCGAGCGCACGAAAGGAGUCGCAGGGUCGCCGUUUUACAUCGCACCCGAAGUCCUCACAGGCGAUUACUCUCUAGGAGCCGAUGUCUGGUCGCUCGGUGUCAUUCUCUACAUUCUCCUCAGCGGCGUGCCGCCUUUCUGGGGCGUCACGGAUAAGGACGUAUUUGUCGAGGUGCUUCGCGGCGUGGUUGAUAUGAGCGGCGCGGAGUGGGAGGGAGUGUCGGAAGAGGCGAAGCAUCUCGUGCGGUGCCUGCUUCAGUCGGACGCUGCGAGACGGCCCUCAGCUGCCGCUAUUCUUUCCCACCCUUGGAUCCUGCGCGCGUGCCGCGCCAGCAGCGCGGGUGCUCGCCAGCUGGCCGCUGUUACGACAUCAGAAGCAGCCGAUACAAUUAUGGCGUGA